AUGAACUCUCGAGAAACACUGAAACCUUUAGUAGAUAGAAUAUUGAAUAAUCCAUUACAAUUCAAGGAAGCAUCCUUUGCCUCAACCUCAAACUUUAAAAAUAAUAAUAAUACUGAGAAGGCAUCAUAUAUAAUGAUCGGUACAAAAAAAAAUCAUACAAAUACAAGUAUCGAUACUUCUAAAAAGAACAAAGGCAAUACAAAUACAAGCAAGAGUGGAAACAAUAAUAAAAAAUUGAAGGAACAAGUAAAACCAAAAUCAAUGGCAGAAGCAUUACAUUUAUAUACCACAUCCUCAUCUACAUCUACAUCAGCAUCAGCAUCCGACCUUACAACUUCAUUACCUGACUCUAAAAGAAGUACAGUAACCUUCAAUGACACUGCAUCAGAAGAUGAUUCAGAUAACGCUUAUAAUGAUUCCAGUAGUAGUAGUAGUAGUAGUAAUAGCGAUGCUCCACACUCCAUAUCUAAAGUUAUCCAAACUAAUACUGCUAAUAAUACUGAUAAUAAUGUAUCCAAUGAGUCAUCACCUCCGGACUCCAAAGAUGAAGUAUACUAUGAAGCUAAAGAAUACCCUACUAAAAUUGACCAGUUAGCUUCAGAAAUUUCUUCAGAAUUAUCAGCUCAAGAAAAUUCAAGCAAUGAAGAAGAAGAAGAAGAUUUAGGUAUCCCAAUUGAUAUCAAUUUCAAUAGUAAUGAUGAUGAUGGAUCAUCCUCAAUGAAGAAGACUCUAGAUCUAAACGUUCAAAUUUCUUCAUCCUCAUCUCCUGCUUCUUUACCGGCUUCUACUAUUGUCUCAACAUCAUCAUCACCUUCUCAAUCUGAGUCCCCUGACAAUUCCACUUCUGAUAAUGACAAUGAUGAUGAUGCUGAUGAUGAUUCUGUUGAUCAAGAUUUUAAAAUUGGCGAAAAUACUAAAGCUUCCAUCGACGAAAAUGAUAGUGAUGAUGACGACGAUAGUGAAGAUCUCGAAAUAGAUUCAAUAUCUGAUUCUGAAAAGAUUCAAUUACAAGAAGAAAAUGAACAAUACAUGAACUCUAUUCAAGAUAAAAAACAGAACAAUAUUCUUGAAGAAUCCAGAGUCGAAGAUGAAGAUGAAGAUGAAGAUGACAGUGACGAAGAAGAUGGACACACUUUAAGGCAUAAAACUCCAUCAUCUAAAAAAUCAUUAUCUACACCUCCAUCAGAAAAAGAAUGUAAAUCCACUCCAGCAACAAAUUUACAAGAUUUCUAUCAAUUCAAUGAAAUAAUCACUGAUGAAGGUUCAAUAAUUCCAUCAAAUAUAAUUAAAAAUUGGGGCCCUGUAUUUGCCAAUUUGAGACCAAAAGGUCUCAUAAAUCAUGGUGUCACCUGUUAUACAAAUGCCGCUGUUCAAGCCAUGGUACAUAUCCCUGCAGUUCAACAUUAUUUAUUCGACAUAUUACGUGGGAAAUAUAAAAAUAUAGACCCAAACUCAGUAUCAUACACAUUAGCUGAAACAACUAGGAGAAUGUGGUUAUCAAAUAAAAAGGGUAAUAAAAAAGUCAUUGCAUACUAUAAUCCAAAUGAAUUGAUAGAAAGAUUGGAUGACAUUAAUUGGUCAAUGAAUCCAUACAAUCAGGAAGAUUCUCAUGAAUAUUUCAUGUCACUAAUGUCAAAAUUACAAGAAAAUUCUGUCCCUAUUGGCCGUAAUAUGACUGAAUCAAUCAUUUAUGAUAUAUUCGGUGGACUCUUAGAGCAAACUGUCACUUGUAAAUCUUGUGGUGGAGUAUCUAAGACAGAACAAGAAUUCUAUGAUUUAUCAUUAGAUCUUAAUGGUAAGAGGAAUAAUCCAGCGAAAGAUGUACAACAAUCACAAGAACAAGUGCAAAGUGAUCAUCAUCAUUCUGAUGAUGGUAAUGAUGCUGAAGAAGACAGCGACAAUGGCAUUGCCGAGAAUGGAAAAAAUGUACAACAACCAAAUGCUAUUAUUCCACGCUCACAAUCACCACAAGAAAUUAUUCCAAAACAAACAAAAGCAAGAAAAUACACCAUCGAGAAAGCUAUCCGUGAUUUCUUCAAUCCAGAAUUAUUAAAAGUGGAUAAAAAUGACAAAGGGUACGUUUGUGAAAAAUGUAACAAGACAACAAACGCAAUUAAACGUAGUACUAUCUUGAGAGCACCAGAAACAUUAGUUGUUCAUUUGAAGAAAUUUAGAUUCAACGGUAGUACUUCAUCCAAAAUGAAACAAGCUGUAUCAUAUCCAAUGUAUUUGGAUAUCACUGAAUAUUGUGAAUCAUCCAAAAAGGUUCUACCUGCUAAAUAUCAAUUAUUAAGUGUGGUGGUUCAUGAAGGACGUUCUUUAUCUUCAGGUCAUUAUAUUGCUCAUUGUAGACAACCUGAUGGGACUUGGGCUACUUAUGAUGAUGAAUUAAUAAAUAAAAUUUCAGAAUUAAAGUUAUUGACUGAGCCAAACGCUUAUUAUUUGGUAUAUACAAGAUUAACACCAAGGGCUAUACCAUUGAAAGAUUCUUUACCGAAAAAUAAAGUCAUUGAUAUUCCAUUAAAGAAAAAAAUACGAACAAUGAAAAUAAUGGGAAGAACACCAAUAAUAAUAAUAAUAAUAAUAAUAAUAAUACUAGAAAGAAAUUUUUAG